CGUUUUACUUGGAUUUUGUAGUUGAUUCUGAUGAGUCAGGGGUUAUGAAUAUCUACCUUGUUCCCUCGGAAGAUUCACCGGAGGUUCUUAUGACAUAUUUGAAUGGAGUGGAGAUAAUGGAGAUUAUAGGGGAAUUAAAUGUAGUUAUCGAGCCAGAUAAAAGUAAGAAAACUGUCUUCCUUGUGGUCGGUCCUGUUGGGGGUCUACUUGUUUGCGUCUUGGCAGUUGGGUUGUUUAUUUUUUUGAAGAAGAGGAAGAGAAGAUCGGUAGAAACUUCAGUUUGGUCGCCGUUCAAUGUACACGGCGGCGGAAGCUCCAAUAGCAAGGGGACUGACAGAACCAUCAAUGUCUUCCGGGGCCCAAAUUUGAACCUUGGCCUGAGAAUGCCCUUCGCCGAAAUUCAGUCUGCUACAAACAAUUUUGAUGAGAAGCUGCUGAUUGGAAAGGGUGGAUUCGGAAAUGUUUACAUAGGAAAACUCAAAAACGGCUCGAAAGCUGCGGUAAAACGGGGUCAACCAAGGUCCGGCCAAGGGUUAUCGGAAUUUCAUACAGAAAUCAUGAUCCUAUCCAAAAUCCGCCACCGCCAUCUUGUUUCCCCGAUAGGAUACUGUGAUGAAAGACUUCAAAUCUGCAUCGAUGCAGCUAGAGGCCUUCAUUACCUCCACAAAGAAUGUGCUGGAGGAAUCAUCCAUCGUGAUAUCAAGUCGACAAACAUCCUGCUCGAUGAAAACCUCAUCGCCAAAGUUGCAGAUUUCGGGCUCUCCAAGUCAGCUCCAAUGGAUCAAACCGAUGUAAGCACAGGGAUCAAAGGCACAUUUGGUUACCUCGAUCCUGAAUACUUCAAUACACAUCAAUUAACUGAGAAAUCCGAUGUUUACUCCUUCGGCGUGGUGCUUCUUGAGGUGCUAUGUGCAAGACCAGCUAUUAUUAGUGGAGAUCCCCAGCUUCCAGUGGAACAGGUGAACUUAGCGGACUGGGGACUUCUAUGCCACCGAAAAGGGUUGCUUGAGACGAUCGUGGAUCCAUCAAUAAAGGGUCAGAUCAAUCCCAACUCACUGAGGAUAUUUGCAGAGACGGUAAAGAAAUGUCUGCUAGAAGAUGGUGCGAAUCGACCUAGCAUGGACAAAGUGCUGUGGGACUUGGAAUAUGCUUUACAUCUCCAGCAAACUGCAGUGUACAGAAAGCCUCAUGAGGACAGCACCAUUGAUGCUACCUUUGGUUUGCGAUUGGCUAACGUCCAACGACUCCCUUCACUUAGCCUGCAAAUUGAGAGAGACGACAUGCCCAUUUCGAGGGACAGCACUACAGAUGAGGCUUUCCCAUCUGCUAGUGAGUUUUUUCUAAACUGAGAGUCAACGGCGCAAGAUAAGGCCUUUAAUUCUCUUUCAAAUUGGUCUUUAAAUAUGAGGCAAUACUCUGCAUUAUGAUCAGUCCAUCUAAAUCUAAAAUGGAAACUUUCUGGGUAAUCCAAUCAAUUGCUACAGGGUUG